CAGUCAUCUCAGCAGGAGCAAUGUGACACCUUCAAGGCCCAGGAGGCAUAUGACAGGGCGAGAACAGACACUGUAUUUUUAUGUGUGUGUGUUGUAGAGGGUGGGUGUCAGUGACAGAGAGGAGCACAGAAGCUACAGUUACUGCAGAGAUAGUUCAGACAGGGGAGGUAUUCUGAAGCUUACAAGGCUUCUCAGGGUGACCCAGCAGUGGUCAGUGGAACAUCAUGGCUGCCAUUGCAUUUCUGCAGAAGUGAUCCACAGGGGUCGCAACAAGAGGCAAACGGGAAGGAGACACACGAAAAACCUGCUGUACGAGCUCAGCUCACCCUCAUCCUGCAGCUGCAAGAAAAACCAGCCAAGCAACAGCAAUGUGGAUUGGUUGCAUUGUUAAAGCCUCUGCAGCUCAACGGUGCACUGAAGCUACAGGCAGAUACAACAAGGACUGGACUGAAAGGUUUCGAGGUUGGAUUUCAGUGUGCACAUAUUUGCAGUCUGUGGAAUGCUAGAGGCCAGCUGUCAUUUCAUUCAUGUUGCAGAGUCACUCUACAGUACACAUGGAUGCCGAACACUAGCAGCUAACACCAAUGGACUUCCAACUGUUUUGAACUACGCAGCCAGCAUCUUUAGAUCUCUGGACCUGGAUAUCCUCCAUCAAUGCACCAUCAAUGGAUCCAAUCUCAAACUUUGAAAAACAUUAUUUAGUUUGUACAGACUGAACGAUUCCCACCAGACGUUUCGAUUACAUAAGAAGCAGAAUAUGCAACGGAGGUAAUCUACAGCAUCAACUAGUGCGUUCCGUGCAUUCUUAACAGGAUUAUCACAUGAAAACAGUGCAGUCUUUAGUCUGACGUGGGUAAUCUACACAAACAUACUGCUGCAUUCAGAGCAGUUUAUUUUUAUAUAGGAAUAUUACAUUCAGAUUCAAUCAGAGGUUUAGUUCUGGUUCCAGAUGUUCCUCAACACGUUGCUGGUGGUCCUGACGGACCUGGCUGCCCGGUUCCUGGGUAGCACUGUGUUCCGGCAGCACUUCCACCUGUUUCUGUCAGCAGUGGUGAUGUUCGGCCCUACAUUGAGCUUUUGGGUCUCCCAACACAGCGUCUUUGCUAAGAGAAGCCACUUCCUCUACAGGAUGUUCUUGCGCUCCGGUUGGGGCUGGACCUGCGUCUUUGUUGGCUCCUUCGUCUUCCUCCUUUCCUUCUCCAUUCGUCGCUCCCUCUCCCUCUGCAUGCGUCACCUCUCCCGGCUCGUGGUGGCGGGUGGAUUGUGGGUUGGUUUCUGUAAACUCCUAGACCUUCUGGAGAACACUACAGGAAGCUGCUAUGAACCAUUACUCUCUGGUCUAGAAGUUGCCAACGGGCAGCCUCUGUUGGUUCUGCGAGAAGGGGAGAGCAAGUCCAUGUGCCUCAGAGCUGGGAUGCUGUGGAGGGGGUAUGAAGUUUCAGAGGAUGUAUUCCUCCUCUGUCUGUGCUGCCUUCUGUUGGCUGAGGAAACGGCAGUGUUUGGCCCUUAUCUGAGCCUUGGUGGGAUUUCAGGUGCCCCCCUGAGGAUCCUCUUCCUGUUCUGUGUUAUCCUGCUCAGCCUUUGGAUCUUUCUGCUGCUCUGUCUUUUAGCUUACUUCCCUCAGUUCCCCACACAGCUGCUAGGGGGCGCUCUGGGGUGCCUGAGCUGGAGAGGACUGUACCAAGGCUGGUACCGCUGGGGCCCCAGCUGGUUCUGCCCUGGGAGGCCUGGACUGGGACUACUCAACACCAAGACCAAUUGUUCUGAAGAACAGAACGCAAAAUUGAACCAUGAUCACAGCAAUUAAGUGAAAAACUGAUUUUUAACACAAAGAUGAACUAAAUCAUUAGCUGGUGGUUGUUUGGGGAUGACUGACAGACAUUUCUGUUUUUGUUGUUUGUUUAAGUGUAGAAAUCCUGUUGAAACUUUGAACAAACCAAUGGAAUAAGUGUGUUUUUGGCAAUCCAGGAGUCUGCCUGGCAAUGUUUAAGACUUCACUGAACCUACAGCUCCAAAAACUGAAAUGAUGUGAUCUAAAUGAAGCCAAUUCAAAUAAAUCGAGAACUCCAAUUCCAUGAAAAUGGUAUGGCUAGCA